AUGUCUGUCCAGGCAACGGCGGGACCGCACUCACCUCCACCACCUCCGCCUCCCGACGACUUCACCAGCCUCGUCUCCCACGCCAAGAAACAUGGCAUCAAUCUCGUCGUGCCCGGUCCCGAAGCACCCCUUGUCGCCGGCAUCUGUUCCUACUUCCAGGCGGUGGGCAUCCGCUGUUUUGGGCCCAGCAGAGCGGCGGCGAGGAUGGAGGGAAGUAAAGCGCACGCCAAAGAGUUCAUGCAGAGACAUGGCAUUCCGACCGCUUCAUUCCGGAAUCUGGCCGACUACGACGAGGCGAGGAGGUAUCUGGAUGGGGUGGGGCAUCGAGUAGUGAUCAAGGCGGAUGGAUUGGCGGCGGGAAAGGGGGUCGUGAUUCCCCAGGCCAAGGACGAGGCUCAGAAGGCAUUGAAGGCCAUCAUGCUGGAUCGCCAGUUUGGCACCGCGGGAGACGAGGUGGUGAUUGAGGAGUUCCUGGAAGGCGAAGAGCUGAGCGUACUGACAUUCAGUGACGGCUACACCAUCAAGUCACUGCCUCCCGCACAGGAUCACAAGAGGAUCUUCGACGGCGACACGGGGCCCAAUACAGGAGGCAUGGGCUGCUAUGCCCCCACGAAAGUGGCCUCGAUGGAGCUGAUGGCAGAGAUCAACCGCACCAUCCUUCAGCCCACCAUUGACUGCAUGCGGCGAGAAGGCACCCCGUUUGUCGGCCUGCUCUUCACUGGGCUUAUGAUCACCCCGUCCGGCCCCAAAGUCAUCGAAUACAAUGUCCGCUUCGGCGAUCCCGAAAUCCAAACUCUCCUCCCUCUGCUCAGCAAAGACACCGACCUCGCCCGCGUCAUGCUGGCCUGUACCGAGCAUUGGCUGGACGGAGUCGAGCUGAAGGUCGAACCCAAAUUCUCCGCAACCGUCGUCGCGUCCGCAGAGGGCUAUCCAGGCGCCUACGUCAAACACCGUCCCAUGAGAUUCGACCCCGUCCCAAAAGACACCUACAUCUUCCACGCCGGCACAGAACUCGACAAGAACAAAAAGCUCGUCACAGUAGGCGGCCGCGUCAUCGCCGCAACAGCUACAGCCGCCACUCUCGAAGAAGCCGUCGCCAAAGCCUACCGCGGCAUCAAAACAGUCCACUUUGAAGGGAUGCACUAUCGCACCGAUAUCGCCCACCGCGCUCUCAAGGCCACCACCAUCACCACGCGAGGCGGAAUGGUGGCAUUAUCUCCUUUCCAGAAUUGA